AUGGAAAUAGGGAACUUGAAACAUUUGGACGAGUUGGAUGUCUCAGGAAAUAUUAUGAAAGGUGAAAUCCCGAGCAGUCUAGGCAAUUGUGAUGCACUGAGAGUACUAAGAAUGCAAGAUAACCUCUUCCAUGGAUCCAUUCCUCAACCAAUUAGCUCAUUAAGAAGCAUUGAGGAACUAGACCUUUUGAAAAACAAUUUCGAUACUGAAAUUCCAAAGUUCUUAGAGACAUUUCAGUUUUUGGAAAAGUUGAAUUUAUCUUACAAUCAUUUGGAAGGCCCGCUACCCACCCAAGGAGUUUUUAGGAAUGUGAGUGCGACUUUUGUCUUUGGAAAUGAAAAGCCAUGUGGAGGAAUGCCUGAAUUUAAGCUCCUUGAGUGCGUCUCUCGAAAAUCCAAAAGCAGAGAAGGAGUCCAUAAGUUGAACCUCACCAUAGCCGUUGUUUUUGGUCAUGUCGGAAUAACUCUCGUUGUCACUUUCCUAUAUCUAUGUUGGUCAAAGCAAAAAAAAAUUGAGCCGAUUUCAAGCUCCUCAGAUGAUUCAUUACUGAAUCUGUCUUAUAGAACACUUCUAAAAGCAACCGAUGGUUUUUCUUUGACUAAUCUAAUUGGGGUUGGAAGUUUUGGGUCCGUCUAUAAGGGGCUACUCCAGGAGAAUGGAAAUCUCAUUGCAGUGAAGGUGCUUAAUUUAAUGCGGGAUGGCGCUCUCAAGAGCUUCAAAGCUGAGUGCGAGACUUUAAAGCGUAUAAAACACCGAAAUCUUGUGAAAGUCUUGACGGCUUGCUCAGGCAUUGAUUAUAAGGGUGAGGAGUUUAAGGCUUUAGUUUACGAGUUCAUGGUCUAUGGCAGCCUAGAAGAGUGGCUGCACCCAAAUUCAACUCCAAAUGAUGCAGAUGGGCACUCGAAGAAAUUGAGUCUCGUCCAAAGGAUAAACAUUUCCAUUGAUGUUGCUUAUGCAUUAGAUUAUCUCCAUAAUCAAUGCGAAAGCCCAAUAAUUCAUUGUGAUCUAAAGCCAAGCAAUGUCCUUCUACAUGCUGACAUGCUUGGACAUGUUGGUGACUUUGGGUUGGCGAAGAUUGUCCUUGAAUCCGGCCAGAGGCCGGCG